CUCUUUCCUCUCCUCUCCAUUCUCACCACCUCUCCUUUCCUUCUUUGAAAAUGGCGCUCCUCUCUCUCUCCUCGUUCUCUCUCUUCGCCUUCGCUUCCGUACUGCUCAUCUCCUUCGCCGUCCCGGUCGUCUCCGAGCCUCGUGCCUUCGAAGUCGGCAUCAUCCAGAAGGUGGAGGAGAAGUGCCCGUACACGGUGAUCGUGAAGACGAGCUGCGUCUCGCCGGAUUCGACUCGAGAUCAUAUCAGCCUCGCCUUCGGCGACGACGAUGGUAACCAGGUAUAUGCACCAAGGCUUGACGAAGGAGAAACGUUCGACAAGUGUUCAACGAAGACGUUCCAAAUCAAAGGACAAUGCCUGAACGAGAUCUGCUUCGCCUACAUCUACCGGACCGGUCCGGACGGCUGGGUCCCGGAGAACGUCGAGAUCUACUCCGAGGACGAAAAGGCCGUCAGAUUCGAUUUCGACAGGACCAGUGUCCCUGAAAACACAUGGUUCGGCAAGAAUCAAUGCAACAACACUCGUCCCCAACCUCCUCCGUAUUUCCCUCCACACACACCGUCGCCUCCUCCUCUUUUCCCUCCGGAACCGCCGUUGUUCCCUCCGCCGCCACCGUCGCGACCGUCCGCCGCGUCGGGCCUCCGGGCUGGCGAGCUCUUGGUACUGGGACUUGUUGGAGUUGUCGCAGUUAUGGUGUUCUGAUGGGUUUUAGCUUCAAGUUAAUGGUGUUUUAAGUAAGAGUGGGUUUUACUUUUAUGCGAGUAUGUGUGUAUGCAUGGGAGUGCAAUCAGUGUUCUUCUUCGUGGUUCCAUGGCGGUUUAACUUUGGUGGUGUUUGGUAGAUUGAAUCGACUCGGUCUGUGUGUGCGUAUGUCUUGUCUGUGCGUAGGUUUUAAGUUAUUUUUCUAUGAAAUCUGCGUCAUACCUGUUGUUGAACGUAUGUUUUGAAUGAUAUUCAAUCUACGUA